AUGAGCCAUGGAUCAGAACAGCAGCAGUAAGGACCUGGUUCUAGUUGGUAGUGACCACUAUCUGGUGAUGGUGAGGACAACAAUAGUGCAGGUGUUUGUGUGGUUCUUCAUCUAUGUUGACAUGCUCAUGCUCUUCACCUUCUUCAGUAAGCAGGCUUUCUGGAGCGAUGCACGCUACAUCCUGUUUGCUCACACCCUGCUGGUGGACUCUGUACUCCUGCUGCUCACAGACCUGGUGGUGCUGUUCAGCUACUUCAACGUGCUUAUACCUGUCAGUUACUGCAUCGUGCUCUGCGUUCUCAUGGCGAUUAUCUCCAAAAACACGCCCUACACCAUCACCGCUAUGUGCCUGGAGCGCUAUGUGGCCAUCUGCAUGCCGCUUAGACAUGCCAGCAUUUCCACCAUCGGCAGGACCAUGGCUGCCAUCGCUAUUAUCUGGGCAUGCAGCUCCGUCAGGGUCAUUAUGGACCUCGCCAUCCUCGUUGUUACGGCCCCACCGGGCUACUUUGCCAAACCCACUUCAUGCCAUUAUCAAGUCAUGCUGGUGACUGAGUGGCACAACCUCAUGUAUGUCAUCUUAAAUGAGAUGAUCUUUGGCAUUAUUAUGGUGAUCAUACUGUUCUGCUACACCAAGAUCAUGCUGGCAGCUCAGGCUGCCUCUGGAGAGAAUAAGCAGUCUGUGUCAAAGGGGCGACGCACGCUCCUGUUCCACGGCCUGCAGCUCAUUCUGUGCAUGGCCGACCUGUGGUCCCCCUAUAUACUGGCUGCUGCUCAGAAGCAAAGUCAACACUUGUACCUGACCAUCCGAUUCUUCAUUUUCAUUGCUUUUACCAUUAUCUCAAGGGCCCUGAGUCCCCUUAUCUAUGGCCUUAGGGAUAAAAAGUUUUUCCUUGCCCUGAAAUAUUACAUGAGCUGCGAGGUGUACCGCUCUCUGGAGAAACGUAGCAGCUUAGAAUGAAUGUGCAACAGAGAAAGCCACAGAAAAUAUACUUCCAUGCUCAUUGGACUCCCAAAAAAGGAUUCAGCUAAAUUUGAUAAGUUUGCAUGACUUUUAAGGAAGAAGUGAAAUAAAAUAUCACCCUAAAUUCCAGUGUGUUAUAACCUUUGCAUCUUCUAGUUCCUAUCAUUUUAUAUUGUAUGAAUUUAAUUAAAACAAAAAAUCUUCCAGGAUACUGCCCCACCCUACAUUUCAGACUUGUAGUUCAGCAAACCUGUGACAUCUUGCUUGUGUUUUUCAAGUUUAAAGAGCAUUGUAACAAAAUAGAACCUUUAAGGCAGUUUUCAAAAAAGGUUAGUCAAUGCACAAGCUGUGUGCUGGUGCCCCAAGCUUGAUAUGAAGUGAUCUCAAUCCCUUAAAAUAAAAAGUGCAGCACGUUUUUCAGAGAAAGAGAACAAGUAAUCAAACUGUAUUUAUAAACACAUAUUACUCAAUGUUUGUCUAUUUUUAAUAAAAAGAAAAACUGUAGCCAUGUCAGGAACUGUACGCUUUAAUUGGCCCAAGCACAAUAAAAUGGCAUUGAUCAUGUACAUUUUAUGUUUCCUCACCAUCACGACAUCAUAAACCAGCGCAUUUGCGACAUACUGAGUGACAUCUCAUGGCUGAGUUUAGGGACCUUUU